AUGCCUGCGCGCUCGCAUUUGCCCAUUCUGGCUCUGCUUGUCUCGGCCUUGACGUCUCCUUGCUGGGACCGGCGGCUGUGGCUGUGGUGCCUUCACACUGGUCCUUCGAGGCCCUCGCAUCGAGCUGGCCUUGCAAGUCAAAGAUCGCAGAUAUCGCGAGCUGCCUGGGCUCCUGUGGUGUCCGUCUCCGACGAGGGACCACGAUCCCAUGUCCACAACUGUGUGGUGAAAGACGAGGCGGAGGAUUAUAUCGUCCUGGGAAAUGCAUUUGAUGAGGAACUUCUGCUAAAGCUGCAGGGCGAGCUGAACGAGAAGGACCUGGAGGAGCUCGUGGCACACUAUCGCGAGGAGGAUUCCGAGGAUCAACAAAUCUCCACUGAUCGAUCGACAUUGGGUGCCUUUCUAGAUGUCCGGCAGACGCCCUGGCUGGAGGACCACCUGCUGGGCCUCUUCGAGGCUGUCAGCGACCGCUGGCAGCUCCCGGAGCUUGACAUCUUGGAGGACGCCCAGUAUUGUGUCUAUGGCCCCGGCGAUCACUUCGACUGGCACCAAGACCAGCCAGACGUGGCGCCGCCACCUGUCCGGCGCCUCUCCCUAGUCUUGAUGCUGUCAGCACCUGGUGACUUUUCAGGAGGUGACCUGGAGCUCAACACAACAGGUAUCGUGCGGCCAAAGCUCCUCGCGGGGGAUGCCAUCAUUUUUCCUUCGGAGACUGUGGAGCAUCGAGUUGCCCCCGUCGAAGCUGGAAUGCGGCAGACUCUGGUCUGCUGGGCUUAUGCGGCGUAG